CUCCUUCCUCACUCCCCCUCCUCUUCUUCCCUCUCUCUCUCUCUCUUUUUCUCUCAAGAUUUGCUCUGUCCAGAGCUCCAAGAAACAGAACACACGACACACACAACAAAAAGUAAUAUACGAUGUUGCUUGGAAAGAGACAACGACCACCGAUUAACAGAACCACAAGUCUAUCAGAGAUAAAGUUCGAUCUCAACCUUCCAAGCGAAUCAGAGACAUCAGAUCAACAGAAUCCACCUGUUAUAACAGGACCUUACGUCUCCAACGGUCAACACGUAACAGCAGCCGCUGAUCAAAACCGUGGGUUCUUAGAUCAACGACUCUUAUCUAUGGUCUCACCUAGAGGUAACCUCAGGAGACACUCGGGAGAUUUCACCGACGCUGGACAUUUCUUAAGAUCUUGCUCACUUUGCGAACGUCUUCUUGUUCCUGGCCGUGACAUCUACAUGUAUAGGGGAGAUAAGGCUUUUUGUAGCUCAGAGUGCAGGCAAGAGCAAAUGGCACAAGAUGAGAGGAAAGAGAAGGGUAAAUCGGCGCCAGUGAAAGAACCGGCCGUGGCAGCCCCAGCGAGAGCGAAGCCUGGCAAAGGGAGAGCUGCAGCCGCAGUGUAAUCCCCCAUUUUCAUAUAUAUAUAUAUAUAUAUAUAUAUAUAUAAAAUUCUAUUAUAUGUGUGGUAUUAUAUAUAUAUAUGCUAUGUGUUUGUAUAUGAUUAUGAUGGGUGAUUACAUACAUAAAGCAUUAUAUAUGCGUUACUUAACUGUGAUUAACCGUGUUAAUCACCCUCGUGUUGUGGUUUGAAUUAGAUGAUUUUCGAGGGUUCAAAUUUUACAAGUUUUGAUCUAUUUGAAAUAAAAAUCAAAUGUAUGUGAGA